CCCAGUAGAUGCAUUGCAUUGCAUGCAUAUCCAUUCAGCCACCCAGCAAUAAUGAAAACUGCCAGUGCCAGUGGUGAGCGAUCCCCAAGCAUUAAGAGAAAAGCCACCCCAGCCUACCGCGCCGCGCCCCCCUCCCCGGACGAUGCAUUGUCGUGUUCUCGUGGCGCCCCCAAGUGGCCCACCUCCCCUCCUCCAUCGACUCCAACCCGUUAGGUGCCCUCCCUUUCCUCGCUCAAGCUCGGGAGGCGUUCUCAGGUUGCGCAGGUAGGUUUCCUCAAACUCAUGCGGCAGCCCGGUCGUUCGUUGCGUUGGAGCUCCAGCUGUUACUCGGGACGGGAUGGACUCGUUGGUAGGUACCUUGUAAUCUCCUGGAGAUCGAACUAAACUAAUUGCU